AAAAAGUAUAAAAGAAAAGAAUCCAUCGGAGUUACUCUGGAGUCGGAUGGAUAAGAAAAGGAAGGUGGGCAUGGACGGUGAGGAUGGAUCUUACGCUAUUAAUCCUUCUGAUCUCAAGGGAUUCGACGGUGAUGAUGGAUGCUACGAGCUUAAUCCUUCUGAUUUCAAGGGAUUCGACGGUGAUGAUGGAUGUUACGUGAUCAGCCCCUCUGAUUUUAAGUGCAAGAAAUCGCUCCUAGGCUUGGAAGAUAUAGCUAUCAUUGCCGAGAAAGGACCGGUGCCGUUGAGGGACUAUCCACAUCCAAGACAUCUCUGCUUCAGCUUUCCCUUCCACAGCACUCCUCAUCAAAGCUACUGCACCAAAUGCUACUGCUACGUAUGUGAAACAAGGGCUCCGUGUCUCGACUGGUUGGGAAGUGAAGGGCAUUGUCAUGUGACCAAGGUCUCCAAGGAAGACACUGUCUACAACUCCAUACGAAAAUAGAACUUUUGUUUAGAAAGAGACAUUUGAAGAAGGAAACAUAUGCAUGGGAUUCAAUUUCUAUAAAAGCAGUGGUCGUGUAGAAUCUAGGCCAUUCAUCUUGUGGGACUUGACAAGGAUGAGGCGUACAAUCAAAAUCCCAAUGAAAAUCACAUUGAGCGUAUCUUACUUUGACAUGGAUGGCACUGAGCUUUUGUAGGGUGUGGUUUUUUAGCAUAUGACCCAUCCAUAUGAGGGCCCAAAUACAUCAAUGGCUCUGAUCUCAGAGUGCCUUUUAUAACUAAAUCUGUUGCAAGUGAUCCUUCCCAGAUUCUGUGUAUGAAGGUUAGAAUUUAGAAACAUACAUGCAUUCAGGGUAAUUGGAAUUCAGAGAAUACUCUCUAGAUGAAUUUGAUUUCCUUGGAAAUGAGUUUGUUGUUGUUGUUUGUGUAGAUGGUUCCAUUUCCAAGGUUUUAUUCAAAAAAUGAAGCCAGGGGGUAGAUUCCCUUGGA